CUUUCUUAAAAGCGGAAAAAUGAGUGGGAGGGGGAAGACCGGUGGAAAAGCGAGAGCGAAAGCUAAAACCCGUUCAUCCAGAGCUGGACUCCAGUUUCCAGUAGGUCGAGUUCACCGAUUGCUUCGUAAAGGAAACUAUGCAGAGCGUGUCGGUGCCGGUGCUCCAGUUUAUCUUGCUGCAGUGCUCGAGUAUCUGACUGCUGAGAUCCUGGAAUUGGCUGGUAACGCUGCCAGAGACAACAAGAAAACCCGCAUCAUUCCCAGACAUCUGCAGUUGGCGGUGCGUAACGACGAAGAGUUGAACAAGCUCCUCGGAGGUGUCACUAUCGCUCAGGGUGGAGUGCUGCCCAACAUCCAAGCUGUGUUACUCCCGAAAAAGACCGAGAAAGCAGUGAAAGCCAAGUAAAUACGGCAUUACUCUCAAUCAUUCAUCACCCCACACCUGUGUAAGGUGCAAAACUACCAUUUUGAACCAGAGAAAUGUAUCUAUAGUUGGUCGGAAGUUCUUUAUUAAAUUGUAUUGCACAUAACCCGUUAGAAUCACACAAUGUUAACCCAUCCUCUAGUGUGUCACGCCUCAAAUUGUGAAUGGUGGUGAUGACUUGCUUACUGUAAGCGACACUGGACAAAAUAAUUCAAGGCGGUAAAACUAAAAGUUAUACAUAUUUGGAUU